AUGGCCAGCUAUAUCUCAGAGACGACCAAGCAGUUGGACUCAAUUCGUCCAGAUGCCUUCCAGUCAGACGCAGAGCGAUAUGAGGUCAAGGAGGCUACCCGCAGGCUCCUUGCCCGUCUAGAAACGCCCUUCGAGCGAGGAUGGGCCCUCACAAUGGAGACGGCAGUGCUUGUACCUGGACUGUUGGUCUUUCAAGACCUCGGAAUCUGGUCCAAGUGGGCUGAAAUCCAGAAGGGCCAAGGGCCAAUCCCGCAAUCUCUCAGCCACAUCGUCGAGAUGUGCAGCGCUCCAGCCGAGCCUAAUCUCCUUCUCGACGAGUGGAAGCCAACGUCAUUCAGUCUUGCCAUGGGCGACGAGUCGACAUACACCAACGAGCUGGUGAGGUGCGGCUUCCUCCAUUGUAACCCCUGCGGCCUCAACCUCCCGUCGUUCCUAGCCAAGAACCAGUACAGAGAGCCUCUGGAUACCAAGAAGUUCGACAAUCAUACCGAUACAUUUGGCUCCGUCUUCUUCGACUAUUGUCAGCAGAACCACACCGCAGGCUCAAACUUCAUUGGCAUGAUGACAGCUGUACGAAGCCACAAGAUGGACUGGACAGAGGUGUACGACACAGCCGGGCUUGUCGACGGCGCCGACCUCACAGGAAAAUCGCCAUUCUUUGUCGACAUCGGCGGUGCACACGGACUGGACACGGCCCGUCUGCUAUCUAAACAUCCAGAUCUCCCUCAAGGCGCGGGGCUCGUCGUGCAGGACUUGCCAGAGGUCACCUCCACGCACGGCGCCAAGGAACAGCUCGACCCGCGCAUCGCUAGGAUGGCUUACGACUUCUUCACGCCCCAGCCCUUGGCAGGCGCUCGGUCUUACUUUUUCCACGCUGUCCUGCAUGACUGGCCUGAUGAGGAUUGUGUCCGAAUCUUUGAGAAUGUGAAGGGUGCAAUGAAACAUGGCUACUCGAAGCUGCUGAUCUACGAGAACGUGCUGCCGGCUAAGGGUGCCGCGAGCCUGGUGACUACUCUAGAUCUGCUGAUGAUGAAUUCCGUGUGUGGCUUGGAGAGAACCGAGGGCCACUGGAGGAGGUUGCUGGAAGGCAGCGGCCUGCGGGUUGUCGGUAUUUCGAGGCACCCGCGGGCUAUCGAAAGCGUCAUCGAGGUCGAACUCCCGUGA